CACUCUCAAACAGAAGUGACAGGAGGUACUAGGACUGAAGGACAGGGAUCUUCCAUAGGACCCACCUGCCUCAGGAUUCACAACUGAAUUGCAAAUCUCUAACAACUUGGGGGAGUUUAGUCCAGACUUGUUGGACGUACCUCAUCCCGAUGGCAAAUGAGAGACUGGUUCAGCCCCACACUGUCAGACUGCUACUUUGGAGUUCUUGAACUACAGGGAAAUAUGUUUGCCAGCAAAGCACUUUCAGCUCUAAUUCAGAAAAAGCUGAUGGAGUUGUGGAGACUACCUGUCUCCUGCUGCUCUGCUGCUGAUCCAUCCUCUCAGUUGCCAUAGAGACAAGAUUUGGAAGCCAUGGAUGGGCUCAGGAGAGAAGCCGCUGGUGGGCUCUCCACUGGUGGUCUCCAGCAGGACGUUUCUCAGCAGGUACUGAGAGAGUCCAGUUCAGUCUCUGAAGGUGAAGAAGAGUCAGAAGGUGCAAACCUGGUGGCACACGAGACAGACUCGCACACACAUUACAUUGCCAUUCAAAGAAAUUCCAAGUACUACCGGUCCAUGAGGCUGCCGAGCAGAGGGAAAAGAAAACCUUCAAGAGAGGCAAUGCACACAAGGUGUGCUACAGGUUCACUCAAAAACAAUGAGCCCAUCAAAGAGCCUCUGAACGUUAUAUCUCAGAAGGGAUCACCAUCUCCAGUAAGCUCUGAUGAUAAGGCAACAUUAGAGGAACUAUGGAUGCAAAGGCUGUUGCCUUCCUACCCCCGUUACCGUGGCAACCGCCCGGGCUCCCCCAGCCCCGCUCCGCUGCCGCCGCUGCCGCCGGAGCUGCUCGGCAGCCGCCUGCCGCCGCCGGCCAUGGAGCUGCUGGCCGCGGCGCUCAGCGCCGCCUGCGCCCUCGACCAGGACGGCUCGGCGGGACAGCCCAGCAGGGACCCCCCCGCGGCCGCUGAAGAGAGCCCCGCCGCCGCCGGCACCGCCGAGGGGCCGCCGCCCACCCACCCCAUGACGGCCGACUCCUGGAGGAACCUGAUCGAGCACAUCGGGCUCUUGUAUCAGGAAUAUCGAGAUAAAUCUACGCGCCAGGAGAUUGAAACCAGGCGACUGCAGGAUUCACAGACGGACCCUGAGGAGACUUCACCCAGCGAGGAAACCCCACCUGAAGCAGAACCUACAAAUACAACCGAAAACAAAGCUCCACCGCAGAUCAGUUUGCUGAGGAACUCCAACUCCAGGUUCAACUUAUGGCAGGAUCUUCCUGAGAUCCGGAGCAGCGGGGUCCUCAGCAUCCUCAAGCCAGACGAGAUCAAGCUGCAGGAGGCCAUGUUUGAGCUGGUUACUUCCGAAGCGUCGUAUUACAAGAGUCUGAACCUGCUGGUGUCUCACUUCAUGGAGAACGAGCGUCUGAAAAAAAUCUUACACCCAUCUGAGGCACACAUCCUCUUCUCCAACGUCCUCGAUGUCAUGGCGGUCAGCGAGCGCUUCCUGCUGGACCUCGAGCAGCGGGUGGAGGAGAAUAUUGUGAUCUCGGACGUGUGUGAUAUUGUUUACCAGCAUACGGUUAAUCACUUCUCCGUGUACAUCACCUACGUCUCCAACCAGACCUACCAGGAGAGAGCUUACAAGCAGCUUCUCCAGGACAAGCCAGCUUUCCGGGAAGUGAUUUCACAGCUGGAGCUGGAUCCCAAGUGCAAAGGCCUGUCCUUUUCUUCCUUCCUGAUUCUGCCAUUUCAAAGGAUCACUCGGCUCAAGCUGCUGGUGCAGAAUAUUUUGAAGAAAGUGGAAGAGAAGUCUGACAGAGAAAACACUGCCCUGGAUGCACAUAAAGAACUGGAAACAGUGGUGAAAGCGUGUAACGAAGGUGUCAGGAAGAUGAGCCGAACAGAGCAGAUGAUCAGCAUCCAGAAGAAACUGGAAUUCAAGAUCAAGUCCGUGCCCAUCAUCUCUCACUCCCGCUGGCUGCUGAAGCAGGGGGAAUUGCAGCAAAUGAACGGUCCAAAGACAUCGCGAACGCUUCGCACCAAGAAACUCUUCAGAGAAAUCUACUUGUUCCUUUUCAAUGAUCUGCUGGUAAUUUGCCGGCAAAUUCCUGGGGACAAGUACCAAGUGUUCGACUCCGCUCCCCGGGGGCUUCUUCGCGUAGAGGAGUUAGAAGAUCAGGGGCAGAGCUUGGCCAACGUCUUCAUCUUGAGGCUGCUGGAGAACGCAGAUGACCGGGAGGCCAGCUACAUGCUGAAGGCAUCGUCCCAGAGCGAAAUGAAGCGCUGGAUGAUUUCGCUUGCCCCGAAUCGGAGAACCAAGUUUGUGUCGUUUACAUCCAGACUUGUUGACUGCCCGCAGAUCCAGUGCGUCCACCCAUACGUGGCCCAGCAGCCAGACGAGCUGUCCUUGGAACUGGCUGACGUCCUCAACAUCCUGGACAAGACAGAUGACGGCUGGAUAUUUGGGGAACGUCUUCAUGACCAGGAGAGGGGCUGGUUCCCCAGUUCUAUGGGGGAAGAGAUCCUGAACCCCAAAAUCCGAGCUCAGAACCUGAAGGAGUGUUUCCGGGUGCACAAGUCGGAUGACAGUCAGCGGAGGAAACUGGGCAGCAGAAACCGUCAAUGACCGCUGGUGUCCCCGCAUCUGCAGCGCCUCUGGGAGAGGGGCCGAGGAUGGAGGCUGAGCUGGGAGGAGGAGGUGGCAGUGCUGUGGGACACAGUGCAGGACUUGCCGUGCCAGACCAGGCACAUGCACCCCUGAACAGACUGUAGCUCCUGGGCUUCCCACUAUGCUUCCUGUGACGCUGAUCCUUCCUUAGAGAUCAGUGCUUCAAACAGGCUAAAAUAACCCUUUUCCAGGCACAUUGUAAAGCCCCAAAGAGCACAAGCCAAACAGACACAGCAUGAGAGCCACCAGGUGCUGGCCAGCUGAGCCCUGCUCCCCACACAUGUGUGAGAUGGGGCUCGUCAGGCCACUUGGCAAAGGCACAUGGCCACAAAUGUAACUCAGCAAUGAACAUCACCCAGCUUGAGCACUUACAGCUCAUUGCCACCUUUUGAGUUUGGGGCCCUCCUAAAGCUGCAACUUCCAGGGGCAGGAAGUGAAGCAAAGGAGCUGUCUCGCCACCUCUCACACAGCCAGUUGGCACCAGCCUGGGAUGAGCCCUGUGAACUCCACCUGCUGCAAAGUUGCUGGGCCCGUUCCCACAGAGAGACCCCCAACCUGCUCCCGAAUGCUCUGAAAUGCUCUGUACCCAGCCCCACUCCACCAGCAGCCCCACCUUGCCAGCCCUGACCCAUGUCUCUACCUGCCUGGUGGACUUAAAACACAUGGAAUCAUAGAACAGUUUGGGUUGGAAGGGAUCUUCCAAGAUCAUCUAGUUCACACCUGGGCUCUGCCUAUCGGUCAUCCUUUUCCCCAACUGGCAUCCCUCCACAGAAGAAGCCCGGUACCAUGGCCUUUCCCAGUUGAUCCAGCACUUGCAGUCUCUGCUGCCCCUGUACCAGCACCUCCCUGCUCUACACCACGUACCACGGCGGCACCAGCAGACCCGGGCUGCCACACAGCAGGCCAGGGAUGUUACCCCAGAAGCUGCUGUCCUGCAUGCUUGUAACCCACACCCACAGCUGCGCACACGAGCUCUCUGAACAGGCUCAACUCCAUGUACAUACAAAAUCCUCUGUCGCCAGCAGAAAUGGAUUAUCACCCCUUCCAGCUGCAGCACUGAGCAUCGCAUGAAGCCCAAGGUGCAGCACUGAGAUGGGCCAGAGGACAGACCCACAGCAGCCACCUGUUGUUCAGCAGCCUUGCUCUGAACAGCCCCACACAUGGCCUUGGCCACAGGCUGUUCCCAGUCUGUAGCCAGCAUCCAGCAGGGACAUCGAGGAUUUGGUAUCUUUCUGUAACACUGCAAAGGAGAGUCUUCCAGGCACUGUGGCCUGUGCUGCCAUGGUUACGCUUGACAAGGGGAUGGAAAGCAGCCGCCUGCCCACAGAGCCACACACAGAGCAGAGGAGCACAGCCAUGCUGGUGGCAGCAAGGGGAGAGGACACAGGACACCAGGGAGACGCUGGCUCUGGAGCUGGUCUAUGGGCUACGUGGGGUGUGAGACAGGAGCCAGCUGAGGGUCAGGGCUGUCCCCAGGGCUGUCUGGGCACUGCCACCCCAUCAGCCCUGCCCUGGGAGGGGGCUGCAGCCAGCCCCCAGAACCAAACAGCAGCAAAGGGGUUCCCCUCUCAGGCCCAGCUUACUGCCAUCAUAUGACAACAUCUGUGCUUGCCCUGGCCACCUGCCAGUACCCAGUCCAGAGCUGCAGCCAGGAAUGGACCGCAGCCUCCAGCCUGGCGCAGUGGUGUGUCCCUGUGAAAUGAGCCCAAGUCAGGUCACCCUGCAGGCAGCUGAAUACAACCAAACCUCCAGCUAAGGGUCUAAGACCUUGCAGCAGCCACAAAUUCUCUAAUGCAAAAUCCAGAUGAUCUCCAGCUCUAAGAAGUCCUUAAAAUUACCUGAGAAAUUGGCACAUGCCAGAUCCUGCAGCCCAGCAGCCAGCCCAGUACAGCCCCACACACCCACCUGGGAUGUUUCUCACAGCACAGAAAUCUCCCUUGCCCAUCAGAAACAGCUCUGGGACUGACCCAGGCUCCCCAGGGCCAGGACACCAGUUCCUCGCUGCAAGGAGAGGGGCCCUGGGAUGCCAUGCACUGUCCCACAACCCACCACCAAGCCCUGGGACUACCCGCAGCCCCUCCUGCUCCAUUGUGACUUUUUAGGACUCCAAGUCCCAGGCACAGGCUGUGUCAUUUUCAGGCACCAAGUGGCACCCAGUGUUAUUUCCUCAGACCCAGCCCUGCACGCCUCCAUUCCAGUGGUCUCAAGUGUUGUCCAGGGCCAGGCCUGGGGCCCACAAACAUGGGCUGGAGCCCUCCUGGCCCCCGCCAGGCUGCCUCAGUGAACUGAAGGGAACUUCUUGUCGUCUCGUUUUUCCGUGUGAUGAAAUAUAGCUGAACAAGCCAGCACCAAA